UCCCAACGCUCAUCCACCAUUAUUCAACACUGGGGAAGACUCUUUACCACCAAACACACACUUAUACACACACACACAAAUAUAUAUAUAUAUAAGUUCUUGAAAGUAGCCUUGAGAAACUCAAGCUUUGAGUGAAGUAAAAAAAAAGAAAAAGAAAAAAUGGGAGUUGUUUUAGUAUAUGCAUUGUGUUUUGCAUUGUUCUGCAUUUGUGUUAACUCACAGUCAGUCACUUUAGUACCGGCGAUCAUUACAUUCGGAGAUUCCGUAGUCGAUGUCGGAAACAACGACUACAUACCCACCAUUUUCAAAGCAGAUUAUCCUCCUUAUGGCAGAGAUUUCAAGAACAAACAACCCACCGGCAGAUUCUGUAACGGCAAACUCGCCACCGACAUCACCGCCGAAACUUUGGGAUUUACGAGCUUCGCACCGCCGUAUCUAAGCCCACAAGCAUCUGGGAAGAAUCUUUUACUAGGAGCCAACUUUGCUUCUGCUGGUGCUGGAUAUGAUGACCACACAUCCCUUUUAAGUCAUGUAAUUCCACUGUCACAGCAGUUGAAGUACUACAAAGAGUACCAAGUUAACCUAGCAAAGGUAGCAGGUAGUAAACAGGCAGCAUCAAUUAUUAAGGAUGCAUUGUACCUAGUUGCUGCUGGCAGUAGUGACUUUGUCCAGAAUUACUACAUCAACCCUUUCCUCAACAAAGCCUACACUCCCGACCAGUAUUCCUCGUACCUCGUCGGCAUUUUCAACAGCUUUAUCAAGGACUUACAUGGGCUAGGAGCAAGAAGAAUAGGAGUCACUUCACUACCACCACUAGGCUGUCUCCCGGCGACAAGAACCCUCUUCGGCUUCCAUGAAAGUGGCUGUGUUUCAAGAAUCAACACCGACGCUCAACAGUUCAACAAGAAGAUCAACUCAGCCGCAACUCAGUUGCAGAAGCAGCUCCCAGGGUUAAAGAUCGUCAUCUUCGACGUAUUCCAGCCCCUUUAUGACCUCAUUGCCAAUCCUAAGAAAAGUGGCUUUACAGAAGCAACGAAGGGCUGCUGCGGGACCGGAACAGUGGAGACAACAUCGUUGUUGUGCAAUUCGAAGUCGUUCGGGACUUGUAGUAACGCAACUCAGUACGUGUUUUGGGACAGUGUUCAUCCGUCCGAGGCUGCUAAUCAAGUUCUUGCAGACAGUUUGAUUAUUCAAGGCAUAGCCCUUAUUUCGUAAUCUUGCAGUUAUUUUUGCUGUCUGUUACAACAAUACAAGGUCUCUAGGGCGUUUGCUUCCUCCGAGACAUACUUUGUUUUGUCUAUUUGUUUUUAUCUUUUUUUUUCUUGAAUUUGUUUUUUUUUUUCUUCAUAUCGUCCUGUCCCUGAAGGGGAAAUUCGGUGAGCUUGUUAUGUAAUGGUGAUUUGUUGUCCUAAUAAAGACAACUAUGUAUUGAAACAGUUAAAAGCUUAUAAAGGGCAGCAAAUUAAGUCUA